AUGGCCGUGGAUUCGCUUCUCCGGCCACUUCUUCUUCUUCUUCUUUUGAUCAUCCUUAUAGUGUCAUUUCCUUUGGUAUAUUCCGCGGCCGAAUCAGAAGCAUUGUUAAAUUUCAAGAAGUCCUUAACAGACACAAAUAAUGCACUUGCUUCUUGGGUUUCUAAUUCAAUCCCUUGUGAUGGAAAGACUCGUUGGGAUGGACUUGUGUGUUUUAAUGGCAUUGUCACCAGUCUCCGUCUAGGAGGGAUGGGAUUAUCAGGGAAAAUCGACGUUAGUGCGUUGAUUGGUUUACGGGGACUUAGGACUUUAAGUUUUAGUAACAAUAACUUUUCAGGUAGGAUUCCUGAAUUCAAUCGUUUAGGUGCUUUGAAGGCUAUUUACUUGUCAGGAAAUCAAUUUUCAGGGGAUAUUGCGUCGGAUUUCUUUGCGAAAAUGGAGUCUUUGAAGAAGUUGUGGCUCUCAGACAAUAAGUUUUCUGGUAUUAUUCCAUCAUCUCUGGCUCAAUUGCCUUAUUUAAUCGAGUUACAUCUCGAGAACAAUCAAUUCAGUGGAGCGAUUCCAACAAUAGAUAGACCAACAUUGAUGUCCUUAGAUGUGUCAAACAACAAACUAGAAGGGGAGAUUCCAGAGGGUUUAUCGAGAUUCAACGCAAGCUCAUUUGUAGGAAAUGAUGGCCUUUGUGGAGGAAAAUCGGGUAAACUAUGCAAUGAAAAGGUGGUAGGAGAGCCAUUUGAAUUGGAUUAUGGAAACGGUGUGAGUGAUGAUCUUAACAUUGGUGCUACAAAGGAGGACUCAAAAAAGACGGUUUUAGGUGUCUCAACAUUGGCUAUUCUGCUUCUGUUUGUGGCAGCUGUGGUAGUUGUUAAAGCCAAGAGAAAAGAGGAGGACGAUUUCGAUAGGAUUGGCAAAGAUGCCCCGGAAGAGGCAUUCGAGGUACAUGUUUCGGUGACAGUACCAGCGAGGAAGGAACCGGAGAUUGUGACAAGAAAGUCUGGCUCAUCCCGGAAAGGGUCUAGUCGUGGCAAAGCCGGAGGGAACAACAGGUUGGGGGAAUUAGUGAUAGUGAAUGAUGAAAAGGGUAGUUUUGGUUUGACAGAUUUGAUGAAGUCUGCUGCAGAAGUGCUUGGAAAUGGAGCACUGGGUUCUUCUUAUAAAGCUACAAUGGCUAAUGGGGUAACAGUGGUGGUGAAGAGAAUAAGAGAAAUGAAUGCAAUGGAAAAGACCGAAUUUGAGGCAGAGAGCAGAAAACUGGCAAGUUUUCGACACCCUAAUCUGUUGACGCCGCUGGCUUUCCAUUAUCGGAAAGAAGAGAAGCUAAUGGUGUAUGAGUACAUCCCCAAAGGGAGUUUGCUUUACCUACUGCAUGGUGAUCGAGGACCGUCCCACGCUGAGCUCAACUGGCCUUCCCGUCUGAGAAUUAUUCAAGGAAUCGCCAAAGGAUUAGGCCAUCUUCAGACUGAGCUUGCUUCCCAUGCUUUGCCUCAUGGAAAUCUCAAGUCGAGCAACGUUCUUUUAGGCCCCGAAAACGUGCCAUUACUGACGGAUUUUGGAUACAACAGAUUGGCAAGCCAGUCAAUUCUAGCACAAGCAUUAUUUGCUUAUAAGGCUCCUGAAGUUGCUAGAUAUGGUCAGGUUUCCCCAAAAUGCGACGUUUACUGUCUCGGAAUCAUCAUUUUGGAGAUCGUUACAGGGAAAUUUCCGGUACAAUAUCUUUGUAACGGCAAGGGAGGGACUGAUGUAGUCCAAUGGGUUGCAUCUGCAAUUUAUGAAGGGAGAGAAUCUGAAUUGAUUGAUCCAAAAAUAGCUAGCAAUUACAAUGCACUUGGUGAGAUGGAGAAGCUCCUCCACAUUGGUGCAGCUUGUACUGAAACUAAUCCGAAACGACGACUAGACGUGAGAGAGGCCAUUGCAAGGAUAGAAAGUGUGAAAUUUGAAGAUAGUAAAAAGGCUGCUAGAACAAUGGAAGUGUUACCUUCACUUAGAGAUGGAUAUGCAGAUUCUGUACAUGCAAACAUGCCUAGUUUUCGUAAUAGGUUCGGUGAGCAAUCUGGACGGAGACAUGAAGUAGGCGCUUCUGAAGACCCGACGUUAGAACGAAAUGCUAACAGUUUCGCCUUUUCUGUGACUUAA